AUGCAUCCCUCCCGUCGCGCAUAUGUCGAGGAGGCGCCUCCGGAUGUCGAAAUGGGUGUCGAUCUUGCAAACAUCCCCAUUGAUCGCAACUAUGAAAUGCCUUCAGGCUCAGUCGGAAUAGCUUCCGAGAACGCCUCUGCUAUUCUAUCACAACUGGAUCGGAAACGCCGCUUGGCUCAGACCGCAGUUCCUACCGACGAUGGAAAGGUCAGAGCCACCCUUCGUGAACGUGGUCAACCCAUCACGCUUUUCGGAGAAGGACCGGCCGACCGAAGAGAUCGUCUACGUGAACUGAUUUUAGACGACACUGAUGGAGCUGAUGGUAUUGCUACCGAUGUCCAGAUGCAAGAAGCAGAUGACCAGGCCGACCAGGAGGAGGAAUUCUACACUGAAGGUCUGCCGGAACUGCUGCAGGCCAGAAAAGAUAUUGCCCGCUAUUCGCUUCCAAAGGCAAGAGACAGAGUUCUGAGACAACGGGAAGACUCCGCCAUCCCACUACGUACACACAUCAAACACCGAAAGACAAUAAAGGAGAAGUUGGCUGGAUUCGAACUCUUUGGUACUCAGAUUGCAGGAGAACGUCCGGUCAGUAUCACUCGAUUUGCUCCCAGCGGCGAGAUUGUUGCUGCAGGAAAUUGGGGUGGUGGUAUUAAGUUGCUGGAUGUGCCGAAUCUGGAAGAGAAGGCCACUCUGCGAGGUCAUACCGGAAUCGUUGGCGGGCUCGCCUGGUAUCCUGGCUCGACUUUGCCGUCUUCCAACGUGUCAUCAGAUUCGUUGAACAUUGCGAGUGGUGCUGGUGGUCAAGGAGGUGCAAGCGACAUUCAUUUCUGGAAUCUGAACAAAGAAACCCCAAUCUCCACUUUACAAGGCCAUACAGAUCGUGUGUGUCGAGUCGAGUUUCAUCCUUCGGGAAAAUAUCUGGCCUCGGCGUCCUUUGACACUACUUGGCGACUAUGGGACGUUGAAACGACCACGGAGCUAUUGUUACAAGAAGGACAUUCUCGACAGGUAUUUACCGUCAGUUUCAAUACCGAUGGCUCGCUACUGGCCAGUGGAGGAUUCGACAGUAUUGGUCGCAUCUGGGAUUUGAGAUCAGGACGCACUGUCAUGAUUUUAGACGGUCACAUCAGAGAAAUAUACUCCCUUGAUUGGGGUAUCGAUGGCUAUCGCGUACUUUCGGGCUCGGGAGAUGGCUUUGUCAAGUGUUGGGACCUUCGACAAGUACGGGCGGUCUCAUCCAUCGGUGCUCAUAAUGGCAAUGUCUCCGACCUGAGAUGGUUCAAAGGGACCGACGCUGAUAUCUCGACUUUGGUCGAGUCAAGUGGCGUCAGACAAGAACAUAACCCUCGCAAAGCAGGAACAUUUUUCGUUUCCAGUGGCUUUGAUAAGAACGUCAACAUCUACGGAGCAGACGAUUGGUCACUUGCGAAACAGUUAAAUGGUCACUCGGGUAAUGUACUGAGCGUCGAUGUCACAAGUGAUGCCAAAUGGAUCGCAAGCAGUGGCCAUGAUAGGACUGUGAAGCUGUGGGGUCGUAAUGACGGAGAGGGCAUCUGA